AUGUUCAUGAAACUAUACUCGGCGAUGAAAGCUUAUGAAUACGGUUUACAGAUUUUCUUGCUUACGUAUUGUUAUAUUCUAAAUUUCGGAUUUAGAACAGGGCAGUUCAUAGAAGUGGCUAUAUCACGGUUUCUGCUUAUAGCUCUUGGAUCUGGUGUUAGUUUAGGUGUCAAUAUGUUUAUCUAUCUUAUUUGGGCUAGAGAGGAUCUUCAUAACCUUGUUGUGAAAAAUUUCAUGAAUGUCGCGACUUCUCUUGAAGGUUGUGUCAAUGGAUACCUUCGUUGUGUUGAAUACGAGAGAAUACCAUCCAAAAUACUCAGGUACCAAGCCACAGAGGAUCCGCUUUACAAGGGUUACAGAUCAUCGGUUGAGUUAACCAGCCAAGAAGAGUCUCUGGUAUUUGUCAUUACGGGAUCAUUAUCUAAAAAAUGUUUCUGGGAUAGAGGUUUUAUCGUCCUAAAGAAGCAGAGAAAAAGGGUGGUGGAAAUUGGCAAUCAAGUGAUACACGAGAGUUGUUCUAUCCGGUAUUCUUUGAAAAGCGGAGAAAGUUGUCCUUGUGUUUUGAACUGA